AUCGCGUCACUUUCAGAUCAAUCGCCAUCUUGAUCAAUCGAAACUGAUCGAAGCAGCAGCUAGCUAGCUAGCUCACUGGCCAGCCAAGCUUUUGGUAGACUCACGCAACAGCUAGGUAGCUAGCUAGCACGAAGCAGAGUCAUCACUGAGCAAGCAAGCGUGCUGAGGGAUCGACCGAUCAAUGGCGGCGAGCCUUCGCAUUCUUGCUGGGUUGGCGUUCCUCGCCGUCACGUCGGCCGCGCUGCUGUCGCCGUUCGCCGUGGUUGGCCAGCUGACGACGGACUACUACGCCGGCAUCUGCCCAAACCUGGAGACCAUCGUCCGGAGCUCUGUCAGGCAGUCCAUGGCCGCGUCCCCGAUCGCUGCGCCCGCCACCCUUAGGCUCUUCUUCCACGACUGCGCCGUCAGGGGUUGUGACGCGUCGGUCAUGAUCGUGAACUCGAACGGCGACGACGAGUGGCGGAGCUCCGACAACCAGUCGCUGAAGCCUGAGGGGUUCACGACGGUGCUCAAUGCCAAGGCCGCCGUCGACAGCGACCCGCGGUGCCGCUACAAGGUGUCCUGCGCCGACAUACUGGCGCUCGCCGCAAGAGAAUCCGUCUACCAGAGCGGAGGGCCGUACUACCAGGUGGAGCUGGGCAGACACGACGGCAGGGUGUCAACCAGGGACAACGUCGUGCUGCCGCAUGCCAGCUUCAACCUGCACCAGCUGAACGCUUUCUUCACCGGCCUCGGCCUCUCCCAGACUGACAUGAUCGCUCUCUCAGGGGGGCACACGUUCGGCGCGGCGGACUGCAGGUUCUUCCAGUACAGGGUCGGCGCCGACCCGUCCAUGGACGCGGCGUUCGCGUCGGAGCUGCGCAACACCUGCGGCGCCGGCGCCGGCGCCAACCCGAGCGGCGGCGGCUUCGCCUUCCUCGACGGCGCCACGCCGGCGACGUUCGACAACGCGUACUACCAGAACCUGCAGCGCGGCAGGGGCCUGCUCGGCUCCGACCAGGCGCUGCACGCCGACCAGAGGUCGCGCGGCACCGUCGACUACUACGCGGGGAGCCAGAGCGCGUUCUUCAGCGACUUCGCCGCCGCCAUGACCAGGCUCGGGAGGGUCGGCGUCAAGUCGGCGGCCACCGGCGAGAUACGCCGCGACUGCAGGUUCCCGAAUUGAUCCAAUCAACUAGCUAGACGAUCGAUCGAUCGAUCGACAGCCCGUACUUGUACAUGCAUGCAUUGAAUCACGCUCGAUCGGUUCAUGGACUUGAUGCACUAGCUAGUACUGUAGUUGACGAUGAACACGACGACUGUAUGUAACUGCAAUAAUCUCGAUCAAUUCAUAUGUGAAUUUGACA